AUGGCGGAAGAUAAAACCAUCACAGUAUCGUUUUUUGCCGAAGACGGAUCUGCUUUAGGUCCAUCUUCUUUGAUUCUACCUUUUAAAACCAGCGUAGCAGACCUUCAAGAACUCUGUAAUCAGUUUCUGGAGAACGACGACGAUCCAUUGCCAAUUCAGUUUCGAUCUGAAGAUGGAGCCGAGAUUAUUGACUCUUUGGCUAGCAGUAUUCCUGAAGAUGCUAUUAAUGAUGAACAGGUACGGUAUUGUUAUUACAAGAUUUUGAACUUGUUAUCUAUUAAUCGGACUACACAAUGUUUAAAGUAUUGAAAUGACUGUAAGUUUGAUUUUUUUAGGGUAUUAAACUUAUUUACAUGCCUCAAGCGCUGUUCAAAGUAAAUCCUGUAACUAGAUGUACAUCAACAUUGCCAGGCCACAGCCAGCCAGUCAUUUCGGUUCAGUUUUCCCCAGAUGGAAAGUAAGUUUUUGCAUUUUUAUUUAUUUUUUGUUUAGAAGCCUUGCCUCAGGAUCUGGAGACACAACUGUAAGGUUAUGGGAUUUAAAUACAGAGUUACCAUUGAAGACAUGCCAAGGACAUAAACAUUGGGUCUUGUGCAUAAGUUUUAGUCCAAAUGGCAAGAAGUUGGCUUCAGCUUGCAAGAACGGAGAGGUAAGUUUAAGGAAUUGAUGCUUUUCUUGUAAUAAACAUUUAUUUAUUUUUCUGGACUCAAUAUGUCUUUCAACCAUCGGAAUAUGCCAUAAUAUAUCGGGACUUUUCAGAUAUUUUUGUGGAACACCGAGACUGGUGCUCAACUUGGCCGAAAGCUAACUGGCCAUAAACAGUGGGUGAAUUCUUUGGCUUGGCAACCGUUUCAUAUGGACAGUGAAUGUAGGUUGUUGGCUAGUGCUGGAAAAGAUACCACAGUGAGGAUAUGGGAUACGAUAACUUAUCAGACAGUACGAGUUUUGUCAGGACAUACAGCGUCAGUGACUUGUUUGAGGUGGGGAGGAGCUGGAUACAUUUAUACUGGGUCGCAGGUAAGUUUGUGCAUUAUUAUAUUGUUUUAGGUAUUAUUUUGUAUUUUUAGGUAAGUAUAACAUUUAAAAUGACUUUAAUAUCUAUUUUUUGUAUUAUUUCAAAAAUAUGAUAAAAUUUUACGGAACACAACCAAGUUUACAAUUCCAGGACAGAACAGUAAAAGUGUGGAAAGCGGAUACAGGCUCACAUUACCGUUCCUUGACCGGACACGCCCAUUGGAUCAACACUUUGGCUUUGAAUGUGGACUAUGUGUUAAGAACUAAGUCUCUUGAUAAAGAUAGCGAUCAGGCGUCAGUUACAGAUGCAGAAAGUGCUUUACAACGAUACGUUAAAGUGACAAAAGGUACCACUGAGAAGCUGGUUUCUGGCUCUGAUGACUUUACUUUGUUCUUGUGGGAUCCCAUUAACAACAAACAGUCGAUUUCAAGGCUUACUGGGCAUCAACAGCUAGUCAAUCAGGUAGGUUGGUCUUUUUGAAUAACUUUUUCUAAUAUUCGAGCCAAUUUUAAACCCGUGUUGACAGACAAAGUAAAUGGCUCAGAAAUAUCUAUACGACAUCUUAAAGUUCGCUUAUCUGAAUAACGUAGUUUUGUAAUUUUAGGUAGUAUUUUCGCCUGACACCCGGCUAAUUGCUUCCGCCAGCUUUGACAAGUCGAUUCGAAUAUGGUGUGGCCAGACCGGUCGAUUCUUGAAGACACUGCGAGGCCAUGUUCAAGCCGUCUAUCAAGUCGCCUGGUCUGCUGACAGUCGACUGUUAGUGUCUGGCUCAGCCGACUCCACUUUGAAGGUUUGGUCGAUGAAGAACAAAGGACUAAUGAUUGAUCUACCUGGGCAUGGAGCAGACGUCUUUGCCGUAGAUUGGAGUCCGGAUGGAGAAAGAGUGGUGAGCGGAGGGAAAGAUUGUGUUUUGAAAUUGUGGAGGCAGUAG